AGUGUGUCCUGGGACACCCCAGUCAGCUGCAUGGCCUCCCUGGGCCCCAGCCCCUGGGCCCCUUUGUCGACCCCAGCCCCUACUGCACAGCUGCUGCUGUUCCUGCUGCUCCAAGUGUCUGCUCAGCCCCAGGGCCUGUCCGGGAUGCAGGGGGAGCCCUCCUUGGGAGACAGUUCAUCUGGGGAGGAUGAGCUGGGCGUGGAUGUUCUGCCCAGUGAAGAGGAUGCACCUGAAGAGGCGGAUCCACCCGAUGGGGAGGAUCCACCUGAAGUUAAUUCUGAAGACAGGAUGGAGGAGUCCCUUGGGUUAGAGGAUCUAUCGACUCCCGAGGCUCCUGAGCACAGUCAAGGUUCCCACGGGGAUGAAAAAGGGGGUGGCCACAGUCAUUGGAGCUAUGGAGGCACCCUACUCUGGCCCCAGGUGUCCCCAGCCUGUGCUGGCCGCUUUCAGUCCCCGGUAGACAUCCGCCUGGAGCGCACCGCAUUCUGCCGCACUCUGCAACCCCUGGAACUUCUGGGUUAUGAGCUCCAGCCUCUCCCGGAACUGAGCCUAUCCAACAAUGGCCACACGGUACAGCUGACUCUGCCGCCGGGGCUGAAGAUGGCUCUGGGACCUGGGCAGGAAUACCGGGCCUUGCAGUUGCAUCUACACUGGGGAACUUCAGAUCACCCAGGCUCAGAACACACAGUCAAUGGUCACCGUUUCCCUGCUGAGAUCCACGUGGUGCACCUCAGUACUGCUUUCUCCGAACUUCAUGAAGCCUUGGGCCGCCCAGGAGGCCUGGCAGUUUUGGCUGCCUUUCUGCAGGAGAGCCCAGAAGAAAACAGUGCUUACGAACAGUUGCUGUCCCAUUUGGAAGAAAUCUCGGAGGAAGGCUCCAAGAUUGAGAUCCCAGGUUUGGAUGUAUCUGCACUGUUGCCCUCGGACCUCAGCCGCUACUACCGAUAUGAAGGGUCUCUGACCACACCUCCCUGCAGCCAGGGGGUCAUCUGGACUGUGUUCAAUGAGACAGUGAAACUGAGCGCUAAGCAGCUCCAUACUCUCUCCGUUUCCUUGUGGGGACCUCGUGAUUCUCGGCUACAACUGAACUUCCGAGCCACGCAACCCUUGAAUGGGCGAACGAUUGAGGCUUCCUUCCCUGCUGCAGAGGAUAGCAGCCCUGAGCCAGUCCAUGUGAAUUCCUGCUUCACUGCUGGUGACAUCCUAGCCUUGGUGUUUGGCCUUCUCUUUGCUGUCACCAGCAUCGCCUUCCUCCUACAGCUGAGGAGGCAGCACAGGCACAGAAGUGGGACCAAAGAUAGAGUUAGCUACAGUCCGGCAGAGAUGACAGAAACUGGAGCCUAAUAAGGAGAAACCAGCUAAAGGAAUCUGGAAACCUUGUCCUGUCCUGCCUGUUAUACAGCCUCCUUUUUAACCACUACGAAAUCAUUUCCAUCUUUUUAACUUUCUUCUUUCCUUAAAGUACUGUGAUAGGAGCUAACCGUGAAAAAACAAGAUUGGGCUCAAUUCUUGCUGGGUUUUGAUGGUUUUGAAGACAGGGUUUCUCUGUGUAGCCCUGGCUGUCCUGGGACUCACUCUGUAGCCUAGGCUGGCCUUGAACUCAGAGAUCCGAUUGCCUCUGCCUUCUUAGUGCCAGGACUGAGGGUAUGUACCACUACCACCGCCACCCCGCAAUUCUUGCUUUUAUUCUGCAGUCAAAUGCUCUACCACUGAGCUACACACCCCUCCAUCUUACUAUGCAGGCAGACUGGCCUUGCAUUGUGUAUGUAUGGUGAUGGAGUUUGAAGCCAGGGUCUUACCUACUAGGCAAGCGUUCUAUCACUGACCUAAGCCUCUCUAGUCCCUUCUCUUGAACCCUCUAUUCUCCUGUCCCAGCCUCUUGAAUGCUGGGAUUACAGGAAUGCACCAUCAUGCUUGGUCAUCCCAAUUAUUUAAAAAAAAUAUAUAAAUCUUCCUAGU